GAUGACCAGAGACUGCGGACACAGUACAGGGGAUGACCAGAGACUGCGGACAUAGUACAGGGAUGACCAGAGACUGCGGACACAGUACAGGGAUGACCAGAGACUGCGGACACAGUACAGGAGAUGACCAGAGACUGCGGACAUAGUACAGGAGAUGACCAGAGACUGCGGACACGGUACAGGGAUGACCAGAGACUGCAGACACAGUACAGGGAUGACCAGAGACUGCAGACAGUACAGGAGAUGACCAGAGACUGCAGACACAGUACAGGAGAUGACCAGAGACUGCGGACAGUACAGGGGAUGACCAGAGACUGCGGACAG